AAAAAAAAUACGUCCACUCUUCCAUCCCGUGCUGACUGUUGAUUAUACACAAGAUGAGUUAUUCCAACGACGUUAUUGCUAGAAACAAUCCAGUCCUUGUUAUUGACAAUGGUACUGGUUUUACCAAGAUGGGUUAUGCUGGUAACAGUGAACCAAACUAUAUCAUUCCAACCUGUAUUUCACACAAUCCAAAAUCAGCAGAAAAGGGUUUGGAAGAUCUCGAUUUCUACAUUGGUUAUGAAGCACAAGAAAAAACUGGUGGAAACUAUGAUUUGGUAUAUCCAAUGAGACACGGUCUUAUUGAAGAUUGGAGCAAGAUGGAAAUGUUGUGGGAACAAUGCUUCUUUAACUAUUUGAAAUGUGAACCUGAGGAUCACUACUUGAUGUUGACUGAACCUCCACUCAAUCCACCAGAAAAUCGUGAACAAACAGCUGAAAUUAUGUUCGAAACAUUCAACGUUUCUGGUUUGUACAUUGCUGUCCAAGCUGUUUUGGCUUUGUGUGCUUCUUGGACAUCAUCCAAAUCUAAAAAGCUUGGUUUGGGUGGUACAUUGUCUGGUACUGUUAUUGACUCUGGUGAUGGUGUUACUCACGUCAUUCCUGUUGUUGAAGGUUAUGUCAUUGGUUCUAGUAUUAAACACAUCCCAUUGGCUGGUAGAGAUGUCACUGAAUUCUUGAUGCGUUUCGUUAUGGAUCGUGAAAAGAAUAUGCCAUCUGAAGAUAUCAAAUUGGCUGUCCAAAAGAUCAAGGAAAAGUAUUGUUAUGUCUGUUCCGAUUUGGCAAAGGAAUUUGGUAAAUUUGACCAAAAUCCAGCAGAAAAUAUUCUCAAGUACUCUCAAGAAAAUAAGAGAUCUGGUAAAUGGGAAAUUGAUGUUGCCUAUGAAAGAUUCUUGGCUCCAGAAGUCUUUUUCAAUCCAGAAAUUUUCACUGAAACUUUCAGCACUCCACUCCCAGACGUUGUUGAUCAAUGUAUUCUCUCAUCACCAAUUGAUGCUCGUAGAGCUUUGUACAAGAAUAUUGUCCUUUCUGGUGGUUCAACAAUGUUUGAACACUUUGAUAGACGUUUACAACGUGACAUGAAGAAGAAAUUGGAUGAACGUUAUGAAAGAGCUGUUUCCAUGACUUCAAGUGGUAAGCCAAAGCCAAGUCCUUUGGAAUGUAACGUUAUUGCUCACAAUCACCAACGUUUUGCUGUUUGGUUUGGUGGUUCCAUGUUGGGUACUAUGAACGAAUUCAAGAGAGUCUGUUAUACCAAGGCUCAAUAUGAUGAAAUGGGUCCAUCUAUUGCUCGUAGAUCCCAAGUCUUCCAAAACUUUGUUUAAACCAUCCAAGUUUUCAUUUCGUCAAGCAAGUAACACAUUUAUUGUGUUGAGUUUUACCUUUCUUUUGUAUUAAUUCUUCCCUAAAAGUAAUUUAUUGAUUAAAAAACGUUCUUCAGUGAACAUAUUUUGU